GGUUCGCGAACCAACUAUCCCCCCAGAAAAGCACUGCGAGAGGGUAAAAAAAAACACAGAUCUGCCCAUGAGUGAGGAACUCGAGCGGGACUACGAGAUCGGGGAGGAGAUCGGGCGCGGCCGCUUCGGCGUCGUCCGCCGCUGCGCGUCCCGCUCCACCGGCGACCUCUACGCCGUCAAGUCGGUCGACCGCUCGCUCCUCGCCGACGACCUCGACCGCGGCCUGGCCGAGCUGGAGCCCAAGCUGGCGCAGCUGGCCGCCGCGGGCAACCCCGGGGUCGUGCAGGUGCACGCGGUGUACGAGGACGACGCGUGGACGCACGUGGUCAUGGACCUCUGCGCCGGGCCCGACCUGCUCGACUGGGUCCGCCUCCGCCACGGCGCGCCCGUCCCGGAGCCCGAGGCCGCCGCCGUGGCCGCGCAGCUCGCCGAGGCCCUCGCGAUCUGCCACCGCCGCGGCGUCGCGCACCGCGACGUCAAGCCGGACAAUGUGCUCCUCGACGCCCCCGACGGCGGGGGUGAGGGCCCCGUGCGCGCCCGGCUCGCCGACUUCGGGUCGGCGGCGCUGGUCGGCGGCGGGGAGGGCGCGCGGGGGCUGGUGGGCACGCCGCACUACGUGGCGCCCGAGGUGGUGGCGGGCGGCGAGUACGGGGAGAAGGCCGACGUGUGGAGCGCCGGGGUGGUCCUGUACGUGCUCCUCACCGGCGGCGCGCUGCCCUUCAGCGGCGAGACGGCGUCGGACGUGUUCGCCGCCGUGCUGCGCGGGAGCCCCCGGUUCCCGCCGAGGCUGUUCGCCGGGGUGUCGCCGCUGGCCAAGGACCUGAUGCGGCGCAUGAUGUGCCGCGACGUCUCCCGAAGGUUCUCCGCGGAGCAAGUCCUCCGGCACCCGUGGAUCGUGAGCGGAGGGGGCGCCCGAGAGGCGGUGCAGCCAACCUGAGGAGCCCGUAGCAGGCCCACGUACGUCGACUCUUCCCGUGGAGACAACGUGUCCAGCGUCUUUGUAUAUACGACGAGAGUGUGCGAAGUAGCAGUAGUAGAGAGCUUGGGGUACCAUUGUACGUAUAAAUCCAGCGUGCCGAGGAGCCAGCCAGGGUUUGGCUCUAGGAGCUAUCUUUUUUUCUUCUCCUUUUUUCUUUCUGGGCUUUUUUUUACUGCCUUGGUUAGAGAACGCCUGCCUGUUCGGUUUCUGCGUGUGCUGGGAUACGCUGCUGCUCAUGUACAAUCUAACCCUGCCUGCGUGCUUGUAUAAAAUCGAGUACUAAAUAAGUUGAUCCUUGUUCGUAUA